CUGUCCUCUUCUCCCCUUUCCUCUCCACCCCACUCCACUCCAUUCCACUAUCCCCCUCUCUCUCGCUUCUAGAAGUUGGGAGGGGUUAGUGCUUCCUGUGAGUGUGUCCUCACCAGAGCUUCCCGUUGCGCGAGCUAGUGGUGGCAUGGCCGCCGCCUCCUCGCCGCCGACGCCGAGGUCCCCGCGGCCGCAGGCGCCGUCUGCGGAGCGCACGAAGGGCCCCUCCGGCCUCGAGAAGGUCGUGCUUCGCGAGGCGCGGGGCUUCUCCGCGGAGGUCCAUCUAUAUGGAGGUCAAGUUACCUCUUGGAAGAAUGACCGUGGGGAUGAAUUGCUUUUUGUCAGUAGCAAGGCCACUUUUAAGCCUCCAAAAGCAAUUCGUGGCGGCAUACCCAUUUGCUUUCCCCAAUUUGGAACGCAUGGAAUUCUCGAGAAACAUGGAUUUGCAAGGAAUCGAUUCUGGGCUAUUGAUGAUAACCCUCCACCUUUCCCAACAAACGCUGCUGUUAAAGCUUUUGUUGAUCUUAUUCUGAAGCCUUCUGAAGAAGAUCUCAAGAUUUGGCCUCAUAGCUUUGAAUUUCGAUUGAGAGUUGCUCUUGGGCCUGGAGGAGAUUUGGUUCUCACUUCUCGAAUAAGGAACAACAACACUGAUGGAAGACCAUUCUCAUUUACAUUUGCAUACCACACAUACUUCUCUGUAUCUGACAUAAGUGAGGUGCGCAUUGAAGGCCUGGAGACACUGGACUACAUUGACUGUUUGAGGGGAAAAGAGCGGUUCACAGAGCAAGGGGACGCUAUAGUUUUUGAAUCAGAGGUUGACAAAAUAUAUCUAGAUGCACCCGCAAAAAUUGCAAUAAUUGAUCAUGAAAAGAAACGGACAUUUGUCUUACGGCAAGAUGGGCUUCCAGAUGCUGUUUUAUGGAAUCCAUGGGACAAGAAGACAAAAAACACACAAGAUUUUGGGGAUGAGGAAUUCAAACAUAUGUUGUGUGUUGAACCUGCAGCCAUUGAGAAGCCCAUUACAUUGAAGCCUGGUGAAGAGUGGAAAGGAAAAAUGGAGCUCUCUGCAGUUCCUUCCAGUUACUGUAGUGGACAGUUAGAUCCAAAUAAGGUUCUUCAAGGUUGAGACUUCUCAUUUGCUAUACCAUGUACAGUACAUGAAGAAGCAGGAAGACACUGAAGUAACAAACUAUCCCAGACGCUAUCUUGGGGAAUCUGCUGCCAGUAAACUCAAUUACUGAUUAAUAGAAGUACUUAGUAAUGUUCUGCUGGACAUGUGGAUAAUGAUGAUGUAUUAUUCUGCGUCACGGAUGUAUAUCUGGCUAAUUAUGUUUGCAGACUUCCUGUACCACCAUUAUUAUUGAUAUUAUCAUCAUCAUCAUUGCGAAUUUGCGAGUGUACGUGGUUAAUUUUAUAUUCCUCUAUCGACCA